AUGAAGAGUUUCGAGGAGGAAAUUAUGGGUUCGCAUUCACCGACGGUGGAUUUCAAGCAGGGUUCUGAAGAGUCUCAGCCGGAUCUAGGGUAUUUGUUGGAGGCUUUGGAUGACGAGCUUGGGCUUCCUCCGUCGACGACGUCUCCGACGGAUGUAUUGAGCAAAGGAAAGACCGAGAAAAAAAAUACUGGCAAUUACGGGACUCCAGACCAAAUUCCGAAGCAUAAAUUUUGUAAAGGAAGAGGAGUAGUAGGAGCGAAGAAGCAAUCAAGAAAGAACGGUUCUUUAGCGGGUUUUGCUGUUGAGAACACGGUUGUAGUUGAAUUGGCAUAUUUUUGGGUCUGUGGAUUUUGUUUUGUGGGGUGGAGAGAUACAAUGGAGAACAGCAAAGAAGAGACUCAGCAGCACGUGUUUCUUGAUCGUACCUCUCGGGUCACCAGAGGAAAACGCAUGACAAAAUUGCUUGAUGAGGAGAUUGAUGAGGAUGAGACCUUCUGGAAUCAAGAUGCUCUCAAAGAGGAAGAGAAUGAUGUAGAAUAUGAAAAAGAAGCAGAGGUUGCUGAUGUCUUUGAUAGCGAUUUUGAUGAAGAUGAACCUGAGGCAGACGAAGAAGCGGAGAACGAACCAGAUGAGAGGAGGACAAAAAAACGAUUAAUAUUUCCAGGAAAACCAUCAACAAAGAAGAAAAGGAAAGUACUGUCUAAGUUAGAAACAUCACCACAAGAUGACAAAACCCUGGAGCAGUCCACACCUUCUGAGCAUCAUGAUGUUCCCGAUGAUGUUGAAGGAGAGCGAAUAAUUAGGAAAUCAACUAGAACUUCCGUGAUUGUUAGGCAAGCUGAAAGGGAUGCAAUACGUGCAGCGCUGCAAGCUACGAUGAAGCCAAUAAAAAGGAAAAAGGAAGGUGAGGAGAAGAGGAUGACCCAAGAAGAGAUGCUUCUAGAAGCAGCUCAAACAGAAAUUAUGAAUUUGAGAAACUUGGAACGGGUGUUAGCAAGAGAGGAAGAAGUUAAGAAAAGAGCCGUAGUGCACAAAGCAGUUUACAGUGGCCCCCAGAUACGAUAUCUUUCUAGAAGUGGUUAUACUUAUCUAGAACUUCUGAAUGGAGCAUCAUUUGGUUCAGAGGUCUCGACAAAAGCUAGAGAUCCACAGAAGGCUCUGUGUGCAGUUACUGGGCUGCCUGCAAACUACCGCGAUCCAAUGACUGGAUUACCUUAUGCAACGAAAGAAGCAUUCAAGAUCAUCCGUGAAAGAUUUGCGGAAGAAAGUAGCAUUGUUAAUAAAGAAAGCGGCAUGGGGCUACUGUCUGAUGCAACAUUUGGGCAAGGAUUCUCUCAAAAGAGAAAGAGGACAAUAAUUCCGCGUAAUAAGGAUGCAUCUUAUUUUGAACGCUUAGCGUGUUUCCGAAGAGUUCCUGCUGUUGAAAUAGAAGACUCAGAGUAA